UCGGUCUUCACUAAUCUCCAGGCAAGCUACUCACACUCCUCGAUCGAUCAAUCCUAGCUAGUUCGCUUAAGUACUUGUCCGUCCUAGUGGUCCUCCUGGACACAUCAAUCGAAAACCCUUAAAACAUCUUUAUACCUACACUUUCAUGGCUUCCAUGAGCUACUCGGCCGUCAGAAACUCCAGUUUUCCGGCCACAGUGUCGGUUCCGGAUAAGUCCCGCGGUGGUGUAAACGAUGGGUUUUCGUUCAGGACUGGCAAGUACGUUUCGAGGAAUUGCACUGCUCGGGGCUUGACAGUCACGAACGUCGCAACUCCGGUGACAGUGCCACUGCCGGCAGCUGCUCCGUCAUGGGAAAAAGAAAAAAGUUCCAGCUCCUGGAAUCACGUUGCAUGGACAAGUGUUAGGCAGGAGAGAUGGGAAGGAGAGCUGAUCGUAGAAGGAGAUAUACCAUUAUGGCUGAAUGGAACGUACCUACGAAAUGGUCCUGGCCUAUGGCGCAUCGGGGACUACGACUUCCGCCACCUCUUUGAUGGCUACGCCACCCUGGUCAAGCUUCACUUUGAGAACGGCCGCUUGAUUGCCGGCCACCGACAAGUCGAAUCGGAAGCCUACAUGGCUGCAAAGAAGAACAAAAAAAUAUGUUACCGUGAAUUCUCAGAAGUCCCUAAGCCUGAUAAUUUCCUAUCAUAUGUUGGUGAGCUUGCAAACUUAUUCUCCGGUGCAUCAUUGACCGAUAAUGCUAAUACAGGCGUCGUCAAACUCGGCGAUGGCCGAGUAGUUUGCCUGACGGAGACACAGAAAGGCUCCAUAGUGAUCGAUCCGGACACAUUGGACACGUUAGGGAGGUUUGAGUACACUGACACAUUAGGUGGUUUAAUACACUCGGCACACCCCAUUGUGACAGAUAAAGAGUUUUUAACUUUGUUACCGGAUUUGGUGCAUCCGGGGUACUUGGUGGCGAGGAUGGAGCCGGGUUCCAAUGAGCGGAAGGUUAUAGGAAGGGUGAACUGCCGGCAUGGCCCGGCACCUGGGUGGGUCCACUCUUUCCCGGUGACUGAGCACUAUGUUGUUGUGCCUGAGAUGCCACUGAGGUAUUGUGCCCAAAAUUUGCUCAAGGCUGAGCCCACACCCUUGUACAAGUUUGAAUGGCACCCCGAUUCCAAAGCGUUUGUUCAUAUCAUGUGUAAAGCUAGCGGCAAAGUAGUGGCCAGCGUGGAGGUGCCAUUAUUUGUUACUUUCCACUUCAUUAAUGCCUACGAAGAGGUGGACGAAGAUGGGAGAGUGACAGCCAUUAUUGCCGAUUGUUGUGAACACAACGCUGACACAACAAUUCUGGAGAAGCUCAGGCUGAAAAAUCUCCGAUCAUUCAACGGGGAAGAUGUACUACCAGAUGCUAGGGUUGGACGGUUCACUAUACCUUUGAACGGGAAUCCAAAUGGGAAGUUAGAGGCAGCGGUGGAGGCAGAUGAACACGGGAGAGGCAUUGAUAUGUGCAGCAUCAACCCUAACUAUCUUGGUCUAAAAUACAGAUUUGCUUAUGCUUGCGGGGCCCAACGCCCCUGCAAUUUCCCCAACACUCUUAUCAAGAUUGAUUUAGUCGAAAAGAAGGCGAAGAACUGGUACGAGGAGGGUGCUGUGCCCUCAGAGCCAUUCUUCGUGCCUCGGCCAGGGGCUACAGAGGAAGACGACGGAGUUGUAAUCUCCAUGAUUAGUGAGAAAAGUGGAGGUGGAUAUGCAUUGUUGCUUGAUGGAUCCUCCUUCGAAGAGAUUGCCAGAGCAAGGUUCCCAUAUGGUCUUCCAUACGGGUUGCAUGGAUGCUGGGUUCCCAAAAAAUAA